CAAGCAUUCAACAAACAGACGACUUUAUAAAGAGGCCACUGCACCAAAUUCUCUAAAACCCUCAAAUUUUUUCUCUCGUCUGAAGGGUUUUUUUCCCCCAAAUGCUGGUCUAGAGGUUCUAUUGGAGAAUCCGCCCGAUUGCCGCUGCCUUUGUCAAUGGAUUUCCAGAGCAAGAAACUCAUCAAUGAUCCAAACGAUGUAGUAACGGAAUUCAUUGAAGGAUUGGUGGAAACUUAUCCUGGUUUGCAGUAUUUGGAUGGUUUUCCUGAUGUUAAAGUUGUUAUGCGGGCUGAUGUUUCUGGUGAAACAUACGACAAAGUAGCUGUGAUAUCAGGAGGUGGUAGUGGCCAUGAACCUGCUCAUGCUGGAUUUGUUGGAGAGGGAAUGCUGACAGCAGCAAUAUGUGGGGAUGUUUUUGCCUCUCCUACUGUUGACUCCAUUCUGGCAGGCAUUCGUUCUGUGACUGGUUCAAAGGGGUGCCUACUUAUUGUCAAGAAUUACACUGGCGACCGAUUAAAUUUUGGUUUGGCUGCGGAGCAAGCUAAGUCUGAGGGUUAUAAAGUGGAGAUGGUAAUUGUUGGAGAUGACUGUGCUCUGCCACCUCCCAGAGGCAUAGCUGGGAGAAGAGGUUUAGCUGGAACUAUUUUUGUUCAUAAGGUUGCUGGGGCAGCGGCAGCUUGUGGUCUCUCUUUAGCAGAAGUUGCUGCAGAGACAAAGAGGGCAUCAGAAAUGGUGGGUACAAUGGGGGUUGCCUUGUCUGUUUGCACAUUGCCUGGUCAAGUGACACCAGAUCGCUUGGGCCCUGGAAAAAUGGAGCUUGGCCUAGGAAUUCAUGGAGAGCCAGGAGCUGCUGUGGCUGAUCUCCAACCUGUUGACAUUGUAGUUACUCAUGUCCUUAACCAAGUUUUGUCAACGGAAACAAAUUAUGUUCCCAUAUCACGUGGCAGUAGAGUUGUGCUCAUGGUCAAUGGAUUAGGUGCCACUCCUCUUAUGGAACUGAUGAUUGUGGCUGGUAAAGCUGUUCCUAAAUUGCAGCUAGAGCAUGGACUAGCAGUUGAAAGAGUGUAUACUGGUUCAUUUAUGACCUCUCUGGAUAUGGCAGGAUUUUCAAUCUCUGUAAUGAAGGCUGAUCAAAAUAUUUUGAACCGUUUGGAUGCACCCACCAAGGCUCCAAAUUGGCCUGUUGGUUCUGGUGGUAACCGUCCACCUGCCAAGAUUCCUGUUCCUCUCCCUCCAUCUCGUUCAAAAAUGAACAAUGAGACAAUGAGUCGGCCCGAGCAGCUUAGUCCAAAUGGGCAUAUUCUUGAAGUGGCUAUUGAAGCAGCAGCAACUGCAGUCAUCAAUCUCAAGGACAGCUUAAAUGAAUGGGACAGUAAAGUUGGUGAUGGAGACUGUGGAUCAACGAUUUCUAAAGGUGCUUCUGUCAUUCUUGAAGACAUAAAAAAGAGUUAUCCACUGAAUGAUCCUGCAGAAACUGCCCGUGAAAUCGGAUGUUCCAUCAGGAAGGUCAUGGGUGGAACAAGUGGCAUCAUAUACGACAUAUUCUUUAAGGCGGCAUAUGCGCAUCUGAAAGCAAAUAUGUCUUCUGGCCUCACAGCAGUACAAUGGGCUGGUGCUCUUGAAUCUUCCAUUGAUGCGGUCAGUAAAUACGGUGGUGCCAAAGCAGGGUACCGCACGCUGUUGGAUGCACUCAUCCCUGCAGCGACUGUUCUGAAGGAGAAACUGACAGCUGGAGAAGAUCCUGCCGAGGCCUUUAUUAUAUCUGCUGAUGCCGCUGUAACCGGUGCUGAGUCAACCAAAAACAUGCCAGCACAGGCGGGUAGGUCGUCGUAUGUCUCGGCUGAUAUUCUAGCAACGGUUCCUGAUCCCGGGGCCAUGGCUGUAGCUUGUUGGUACAGAGCCGCUGCAGUAGCUGUGAAGAAUAAGUAUCAUCAGGCUUCGUAACAAUGGAUAUGGAUGGCCUCUAACAUGAAAACCCUUCCGGCACAUUUCAUUUUUUUCCCCCUUUUUUUUUCUCUGGGUUGAGGAAAUUCAUGAGCAAAUUUUUGUUCCUUAUUGUGAGCUUUCCGCUUAUGCAGUCAGAUGCGUAAAAGCUGAGAGAGCUUAAUCUUCAUCUCUUGUCUUGUGCUCUCUGAAGUCCCAAUGUAGAAUGAAUGCUGUUUAUGCCUUUCCUUGAUGAUGAUCAAACACCUGUUUUAGA